AUGUCUCUCGUCAACCUCGCCCACGUUUGCUCCCACCUGAACAAUGCCACCAAGGCUCGUCUCAGUCUCACCUCUAUCCCCAACAGCAACCUCCACCUGAAGCUGUGUCUCGCCAUGCAGAACUCCGGCUACCUCUCCUCCGUCGUUCGCGGAGGGCCGACUCCUCCACCCGCCCACCCGAUCCUGGGAUAUCCAGCUGCCAAUGACGAGGCUGAAGGUGUGGAGGCGGUCACACGCGAUAACGUUGCCUCGCGACGCCUCUGGCUCGGUCUGAAGUACUGGAAGAACGAAUCUGUCCUCGGAAAGGUCAAGAUGGUCAGCAAGCCCACACGCCGAGUGAAUAUCGAUGUUGAGGGUUUGCGACGGGUCGUCCGUGGUGAGGAUGCUGGCUCCGUAGGUGGACUGCGCUCACCCGGUGAGAGUCUGUUCCUGUCGACAGACCGCGGUAUUCUCGAGGCGCGCGAGUGUGUGGAGAAGAAGAUCGGUGGCCUGGUCCUGUGCCGCGUACUCUAA